GUUUUCUUUGGCUCCCUUUUUCCCCAGGGAAGCUAGAUUUGCACUUAGGUGCACUAUUUAUUGCAUGUUUCGCCAUUUCUAAAUAUUGCCUCUAAUAUAUAUACAUAUAUCGAUAUCGUUAGAUACAAAUGUAUCGAAGCCAUUUCAAUAUUACAAUAUUAAAGCCAAGUUCACGCGAUAUCGUAAAAUAGUCAUUUCUUGAAUCGUAAUGAUCGAUAGUUCUCGUUGGUUCUCGACUUCGAUCGAUCGAAUCGUAUCAUGGAGUAGUUUAAUAGGUUUCAUGGUAUUCAGUGCGGUGUAGUAAAAACCAUUAUAUAAAAAAAAGUUAUUGUUACCUUAAUGUGUUAUUUAUUACCUACGUUUCAAUAUAUUUUAAAUCAAUUUAUGUGAACUCGUUAAUUUGCUAGUACAAGACACGAAAUGAGUGAAAACGCAGAGAUCACAGGAGUAUAUAUCACAGAAAUAUCGUCAGAAGAUGCGGCAAAAGCGGAAAAAUUUAAAGAAGAAGCGAAUGAAUGCUUCAAAAAUCAAGAUUAUACCAAAGCUAUAGAAUUAUACACUAAAGCUAUAGAGUGUAACCCUACAGUGGCAGUAUAUUAUGGGAAUAGAAGUUUUGCGUAUUUAAAAACUGAAUGCUUUGGAUAUGCACUUACAGAUGCAUCUAAAGCUAUCGAAUUAGAUAAAAAUUAUGUAAAGGGAUAUUAUCGUAGAGCCGCAGCGCAUAUGUCACUUGGCAAAUUCAAAUUAGCUCUUAAGGAUUAUAAAACUGUUACUAAGGCAAGACCAAACGAUAAAGAUGCAAUGCUUAAAUAUACAGAAUGUUCUAAAAUAUUAAAAAUGUUAGCUUUUGAAAAAGCAAUUUCUGUGGAAGCAAACAAAAAGAAUAUAGCUGAUAUGAUUAAUUUAGAAGAAAUGGCUAUCGAAGAUGAAUAUACAGGACCUAAACUUGAAGAUGGAAAAGUCACUUUACAAUUUAUGCAAGAUUUAUUGAGUUGGUACAAAAAACAAUUUAAAUUACAUCGUAAAUAUGCUUAUAAAAUUCUUUUAGAUGUAAAAGCAUUGUUUAUGGCACAACCAAGCUUAAUCGAUAUCACAAUUCCGGAUGAAAGUAAAUUUACUGUCUGUGGAGACAUACAUGGCCAAUUCUAUGAUUUACUUAACAUUUUUCAAUUUAAUGGGUUGCCUUCAGAAACUAACCCUUAUUUAUUCAAUGGGGAUUUUGUAGAUAGAGGCUCAUUUUCUGUAGAAUGUAUAUUCACCUUAUUUGGAUUUAAAUUGUUGUAUCCAAAUCAUUUUUUUAUGUCUAGAGGUAAUCAUGAAUCUGCUACAAUGAAUCAAAUGUAUGGAUUCGACGGUGAAGUCAAAGCAAAAUAUUCUGCUCAAAUGGCAGAAUUAUUUACAGAAGUUUAUAAUUGGCUUCCUCUUGCUCAUUGUCUUAAUAACAGAGUACUCGUAAUGCAUGGUGGUCUAUUUUCAAGAGACGAUGUCACGCUAAAAGAAAUUCGGGAAAUUGAUAGGAAUAGGCAACCACCAGAAGAAGGGUUAAUGUGUGAAUUAUUAUGGUCAGAUCCACAACCUCAACCAGGAAGAGCACCCAGUAAAAGAGGAGUCGGUGUUCAAUUUGGGCCUGAUGUCACACAAAAUUUCCUUGCCCUGAAUAAUCUAGAUUAUAUCAUAAGAAGUCAUGAAGUGAAAAAUGAGGGAUAUGAAAUGGGUCAUGAUGGGAAAUGCAUUACCGUGUUUUCUGCUCCAAAUUAUUGUGAUACUAUGGGUAAUCGGGGUGCCUUUAUCACGCUUAACGGUAAAGACAUGAAACCGAAGUUCACAAUAUAUGAAGGAGUGCCUCAUCCAAAUCUAAGGCCAAUGGCAUAUGCUAAUUCUUUAUUAAAAUUCAUGUGCUAGUGGAAUACCUUAGGUACUGUUGAUAAGUAAAUAAAUAAUAAUAAUUGAAUACGAGUAGCCCAAUCAAAGUGUGCGUAAUAUAUUUGAUACUGAAAUGGAGGAGAUGAAAAACCUUUAGACUUCUCCAAAACAAUAAAUGCUGUAUUCUUUUUAGAAACAAAAAAACCUGUAUCAUAAUAAAUCAAAUGAAGGUAUAAUAUUCAUGGGUACAAAAAUGAAAAAGUUUGCUUGUUUUGACAACUGGUGAACAAAUGUAUCAAAUUUUCUUGUCUAUGAUAAGAACAAUGCCUCAUUAGCAAUUUGUGUUUCAUUAUAAUGAAAUGCUGCAAAGAGAAUAUUUCUAUUUUGUACCCUCGAUUAAACCACCUUGUUCAUUAAAGAUGUUAAUGUUCACAUAAACUAAUUGAAUGAUCUCAAAUUGAUUAACUUAUAUUUGUGUAAAAAUAUUAAGAAUAUUGGUGCAAAGCGCAGUAUAUGCAAUUAAUACAUUUGUUAAUCUUUCAUUUUAUUCUUUAAUGAAUAACGGUGGUUCCUUUAAAACAAUGAUUACUAUGAAAAUAUCUAAUGCAUAUGCGAUUUAGCAUCACUAUGUAGUACAAUUUUCCAGCCAGUCACUAUUUGUCACGUUAUUUGUGAUGAAUACUUUUAUACAAAUAUAAUGUGAUUGGAAGGAUUUCUUUCGUCUGACAUUUUAUUUUUUUUUUGGUAAUAAAUGAUGUUUAUAAUGUA